AUGGAUACCGAGAAGCAGAGUCAAGGCAAUUAUGCUGUCAACGAUACAGCGGGGGACUCUUCGAGCCUUGGCCUCAGGCAGGAAGAAACUCACAACGCCGAGACAACGGAUUCAACGGUGCCAAACCGCCAGUCAAGCGAACAUCCAUAUACCGUCUUGACAGAGAAGGAGAAAAUAUGCACGAUUAUCAUCUCGUCAUUUGGUGCUUUCCUCUCCCCCGUAUCCGCCAGCAUUUAUUUAUCAAUUCUGAAUUCCCUAUCGAAGGAUCUGAUGGUUUCCACGGCCAAGAUUAAUCUGAGUAUUACAGCAUACAUGAUAUUUCAAGCUUUGGUACCUUCUAUAAUCGGGGUUUACUCGGAUAAGAAUGGUCGACGGCCGGCCCUCUUGAUCUGUUUUAUUGUUUCACUUGGCGCGAACAUAGGCCUAGCUGUACAGGACAGCUACAUUUUUUUGAUAGCUCUCCGCUGUCUCCAGGGUUCUGGGAGCAGUGGGACAAUAAUAAUUAGCACUGCUGUUACUGCCGACGUUGUCACCAGAAGCGAGCGCGGUAAGUAUACUGCUUAUUCAUCUUUGGGCAUGACCCUUGGUCAAGCACUUGGUCCUCUUAUUGGCGGGAUUCUAAACCAUUUUUUCGGCUGGCGGUCUAUUUUCUGGUUUCUUACCACCUAUUCGGGCCUUAUGGCUUUGCUUGUCGUCUUUUCCCUCCCCGAAACAAGCCGCAGCGUGGUGGGAAAUGGAGCUCGUCAGCCGCAGAUAUGGAAUGAAUGUAUCAUGGAUAUGAUAUCUCAGAAGCGGCAGCGGAGAAUCCCUUUUAGCGAAGAUCGAACUGUAUCAACACAUAACCGCCGUCCAAAUCCCGCGGAGACCAUCAAGAUCGCAAUGGAGAAAGAAACCGCUAUACUUCUUUUUUUUAGCGCGUUAUUAUUUGCUGGAUAUGUCUUUGUACUCUGUAGCCUGCCCUCCCAACUGGAAAGGAAGUAUGGAUUCAAUUCUCUCCAAAUUGGCCUGUGUUUUCUCCCGUAUGGAUUCGGCAGCUUGGCGUCUCGCUGGGCGGUUGCUACUCUGGCAGAUUGGAAUUUCCGUCGUCAUUGCAGUCGCCUUGGCAUCAGAAUUAUUAGAAACCGUCAACCGCAGCUCUCGGGUUUCCCUCUCGAGGCGGCAAGACUGCAGAUUGCAUUACCGCUGGUAUAUUUAUCUUGUAUAUGCAUAACAACUUACAGCUGGGUUAUGACUUACAAGACUAAUCUUGCUGGGCCCCUGAUCCUGUUGUUCUUUACUGCAUGCACCAUUUCUGGCGCAUUUGGAUCAGUAUUCACUCUUAUUAUUGAUUGCCACAUGAAACAACCGGCAACAGCAGCGGCCGCAAGUAAUCUCUUUAGAUGCUUUUUCGGUGCAGGCGCAGCAGCGGCAGCCGUGCCACUCAUCACUAAGCUCCGAAUUGGCUGGACAGGGACAAUUGUUGCGUCGACCUGGGUAAUCUCAAGCCCUCUGCUCUGGGGGGUUAUGAAAUGGGGCCGCCAUUGGCGUGAGGAGGGAGGAAGAUCCAGAGAAGGAGCAGAUCGAGAACGAAUCUAG